GAUUAUUUCUUACUGGUCAUUUCAAUUGCAUGAUACCUCUCGAUCUGUCCUAUUUUUUCUAGAUACAUAUUUGUGUUUAUAACAAUAAUUUUGUAAAUUCUGGAGAAAAAUAUGUUGACUCUUGUUCUUACAGCUUUAACAAUUUUUACUAGCCUGACCUACAUUUCAAGACGUUUUUAUCUAUCGAAGUUAUCAUCAGGAGUUAGAAAAUGUAAUGGCCACUGUGAUGUUAAUGAACGUAGUUCGGAAUACUCUCAUCAUCAAGGAGGUGUUAGGAAUGAAGGAAAACUUCCACCAGGGCCAAGAGGGUUACCUAUCAUCGGAAAUCUUCAUCAGUUCUUAUUAACAUCAAAGAAACAACAUGAAAUCAUCAAUGAAUGGGCCAAUGAGUUUGGAGAUGUUUUUACUUUUAGGAUAUUUUCGACGAGAUUCGUGAUUCUAAGUAGUUUACCUGUGAUCCGGAAAACGUUUCAGAAUGCAGAUAUCAAUGACAUGGCUACAAUUCCACCGUGUAAUAAAGCACUGGGUAUACAUCAAGAUAAAGGUGUAGGCAUCAUUGCUGCAAGUGAGGGACCUGAAUGGAAGGAUCUAAGAAGAUUUUUGAUCUCUAUUUUGCGAAAAAUGAAACUUGGUCCAAAUAGCUUUGAGAACUUCGCUGCUGAGGAAGCCAAAAGGCUGCUCGAUAAUUUCCAUUCGAAAUAUGACGAGUUCUUUGACCCAAUGAAUGCUGUUAACAUCGCUGUCGCAAACAUAACGACCAGAUUGACAAUGGGGAAAAGAUAUUCCUAUAAUGAUAAAGAGUUUCUCCGACUCACUCAACUAGCUGAUGAUACUUUUGAAUACUUUGGGACAGGGGCCAUCUUUUCACUUGUUCCAGAACUCUCAUAUCUACCGUCUGCAGGCAGUAAGAGGGGUGACGAAGCGGUUGCCGAAAUGUUCGAUUUUAUUCGGCAGUCAGUCGUGGAUCAUCGGAAACACUUCGACCCUAACGCGGAGCCUAGUGAUAUGGUCGAAUGUUUUUUGUUAGAGCAACAUGAACGACGUUUAAAGGGGGAUAUUGGUGUUUUUGACGACAUCAAUCUACUUCAGUUCACCUGGGACAUACUGAUAGGAGGAUGGCAGACAACAAACACUACCAUCCUUUGGUACCUAUUCAUUCUCUCCCAGCAUCAAGUUGUCCAACACCAAGUCCAAGAAGAGCUGGACCGAGUUAUCGGACGAGACCGUCUCCCGGGGCUCAGCGACCAAGGAUCUUUACCAUACGUCCUCGCCACCAUGGCCGAAUGCUAUCGACUGAGUGGCCUCUUGCCGAUACAGAUUCCACAUCGAACACGAUGUGACGUAACAGUUGGACGAUAUGGCGUCCCUCAAGGAUCUUAUGUGGCGUCAAAUACACAUUUCUUAUGUUCAUCAUCAACACUAUGGGAUGAGCCUGAGGAGUUUCGACCUGAGAGAUUUCUUGAUGAGGAUGGGGAGUUUGAUCGAAAGAGAGAGGCUGGUCUCGUUGAGUUUGGUGUUGGUCGUCGUGCAUGCCCAGGCGAGAAAUUAUCUCGCACAGAGCUCUUUAUCUUAUUCUCUCACAUAUUCCACCGUUUCGUCAUCGAACUCGACGACGACGUCCCAAGGACCAUGGAUGGUACGACUGGUCUGACAGUAAACCCACUACCUUUCAAAAUACGAGCCACUCAGCGACAAUGAAUUACCUGUUGAUUUUCCUCCUACCUGUAAUUCUUGGAGUGUCAGCGGGCGUAUCAGUGAUGAACUUACAAUAGACAGAUAUCGUUAUAAAGCCUUUGCAUAUACGUUUGAGUACAGAUAGGGAUUGGGGGCACCCCCCCCCCCCGCCCCCGGCCCCCCAUUGUUUGUCGACCAAAGCAAAAAGGGAGAAAAAGAAAUAAAAAGGAAAGGAGAAACGGUGAAAAUGAUAUAUUUCUCUACGUAUAGCAACUGAUAGCAAGGAAGAGGGGGUUGACGGCGACGAAAAAAUGGAGUGUUUCAUAAAUGGGCAACCGUGUCAAAGUAACUGUUUGUGUCGCGUCUUCUAGCUACAUUAAUCAGACAAUAUCCUGUGGGUGCUUCCAAAUCGGCUUCCCACGUUAUCUAUAAUAGUUUGUGAAAUGUGAAUAAUGAAAUGAAAAGCCACUGAUGAGAUUCCUUCAGGAAAGUUUUUUUUUUCCUUCAGGAAAGAUGUUGUUUUUUUAACGAUAAUUACGAUGUUAAUAUACGCCAUCUAUCGGUCUCGUUCGACAUGAAUGAUUAUUGAUCAUUGCUUGACUUGUAUAAUCAAGAGCUAAACUGCGAUUCAAUUCAGCUCAUUUCAAUUCAGUUCAAUUUAUGGUUUAUUACGUAUAAAAAGCAAAAGUAUUACAAUUCAAAUAGGUACAUGAAAGAAGACGUACUAUAGAUUAUGAAGAUUAUAAAUACAUUUUAAAGAGCAAUUGUAAAUAAUAAUCCAUAUAAUAAAAUUGUCAUUUUAUUUGUCUUCGUGCUAUAUUUUUACCCAUGUCCCCAGUGCAUUAGUGCAUUGUCAUUUUUUAAAUUGUUAUUUUAAAAUUGUCACCGUAUUUGAUUUCGUGCUAUAUUCAAACCAGUGCUCCCAGUGCAUCGGUUGGUUGGGAUGUGGGACCAUUAGAUGACAGUGAUCAUGUUUAUUAUUACACGCAUGUGCGCGUGUUUUUGUGAAUUUAGGUACAUCCUGAACAUUUGUAAUUAUUUCACUCUCCCAUGCAUCGUCACUCUUCAUUCUUUCUUCUCUUGGCUCUCCUCCCCACUUUCAUUAUUUCGAUAUACCUCCUAGCUCUGCCGUCUUCUUUUAAUCCACUCCUUAACCCUAUCUAGGUCGGGGGGGGGCUCCGAGGCCCCCCCCCCCAACGAAUCGCACGAUAUUUUCGCCGCGCGAAUUUUUUUGACCGCGCCGCUGGCUGACUGUUUACUUUCAAGCCUUGCGCAACUUUUGAGACCAACUUUUACGUCAUCCGGGUACCUGGUUCCGAAAUUACGCAACAUUAUGUAAGUGCA